GUGUGUGUGCCGUGGACCCCCCCGUGUGUCGGUGCGUGAAGCCUGUAACAAAUCUCAUUUAUUGGCAGCCAGAAACUGAUUUGAAUAUUCAGAUCUCUAUCCCCCCGCACACCUCAGACCAGACAACACCCCGACUAUAUACAUAUUAUCUGUGUUUGUGUAAUCUGUGUACCCCCAUGAUUUAUAUAGGCUCUGCAGCAGCCGUGAUGUAAAGUGACAAUUUUGAUAAUUUUCGAUUUGCAUGCCGCUGUGCAUAAGACAGACAGAGACAAUUCGCAUUCAGAGUUCAAUCAGUUGAAGGUUCAAUAAACGCAAUACGAGAGGGAGCGAGUUACGAAAGCCAAGAUGCUUUUGAAGUGGCUGCUGUUCAGCCUGUGCAUAAUGCCGGCCAUGUUCAGCAAUACGAGAAGGAAGUGCCCCGUUGAAUGCCAAUGCAGCAUGGAUGACUUGGAUCGUUAUCAGGCCAUCUGCACAAAAGGUGGCCUCAACUCUCUGCUGUCCUCCAAUGAGCUGGACAUUGACGUGAAAGUCAUUAUCAUACGAGGGCCGAGGAACUCUAUUACGAUUGGACCCGCUUUGCGUCAGUUCAUGAAGCUGGAGAUCCUGCGCAUCACGGACUCCAAUCUACCGGCCAUUGGGGCCGAGUCGUUCUGGGGCCUCAAAUAUCUGCGGAUAUUAGAUCUGUCCAAGAACAAUAUUACCAACAUCACGGAGAACAACUUUCGGGGCCAGGAUAAUCUCAUUGAAUUGGAUUUAUCGAAGAAUAAAAUUUUACGCAUGGCCAGUUCAACGUUUCGUCAUUUGACGGAUCUGCGCCGUCUUAAUUUGGCCGAUAACUCAAUCGUGGAGCUCGUGCAGCGCAAUUUCUUCAUGCUGAGCAGACUCAAGUACCUGGACCUGAGCGGAAAUCCGCUCCAGGAUUUACAGCCGGAUGUAUUCCGCGAUGUGUCGGAUCUGAAAGUACUCAAAUGCCGAAAUUGUCAGUUGAAAAAAAUCAAUCCACAGCUGUACAAUUUAUUGCCGCUUUUAAGCGAAUUGGAUUUGGGACGCAACGAGUUCAAGUUCCUCGAGAAGGAUGAAUUCCGAGAUGUGAAACGUCUCAACAAAGUUCUGCUCGACGGCAAUCAAUUGUCUGUGGUCGUGGACCAACUCUUUCGCAUGCAGAAAAGUCUUAAUCAUUUGGAUUUAUCGUACAAUCGCUUGGCCAAAGUGCCCAAUGAUUCGUUUUUGCAGCUGACCAAUUUAACAUUUCUGGACUUAUCCUACAACAAAUUGGUGCGUCUGGAGCCGCAAUCUGUGAGGGGUCUGAGCAAUCUAUUGACGCUGAAUAUUAGUGGAAAUGUUCUGAUGGAUCUAAUGGAAAUGCGCGAUACUUUUGAACUCAUUCCCCAACUUACACAUUUGGCCAUUGCGGAUAUGGGUGCAUUGCCUGUUGGCCUUCUUACGCCCUUCAGGCAGCUGCGCUAUCUGAAUAUCUCUGGAAAUUCUUUGGACAACAUGGCACUGCAAGUCAUCGAUCCUUGUCGAGACCUGGAGUAUUUGGAUUUAUCCCGAAAUCAAUUAUACGGCAUAAAUGAGGACACUGCGCUACGGAUUCAAGGCAUACGCAAUGUGCGACUCGACAACAAUCCUUUGAUAUGCGAUGAAUGUCACAUGGGAAAAUUAAUAAAUGUCGUUCGGCAACUGCAGUGGAAAUGGGACACAUAUCCAAUUUGCUUCCUGCCCAAAAGUUUGCGAGGCGCUGAAAUAAAUAAUUUGGACAUUGGCGGGCUGCACACGUGCCUGGAUUACAUCAGCGAUGAGGAACAGAAUGCGGCCAGCACUUCGUAUAAUUUUCUUGAGCACGGCGGCCUCAAUACUCUGGCCAUUUUGGGUGGCAUCAUCUUUGUGCUAAUUGCCGUCAUUAUACUGUCGCUGGUGGCCUGCUUCUCCAAGAAUCGAGCCCGCUACUACACCAGGGAGGAUCAUCUGAAUGGCAUAUACUCCUCAGGCGAGAGCAAGUGCUUGGAAAAGAAUUUGGAGGCGACCACAAUUACAACGCUGGGCAAUGGCAGUUCACCCACAACAACAACCACACUGACCCUGGCCACAUCCCCAUCCCCAGCCACUGGAACAGCAGCAACAGCAGUAGCAGCAGCAGCACCAGGAGGAGGAGGAACAGUAUCUGGACCAUUAGCAAAAACCAAUGGACAUGGAGUGAGUCCAAGUCCUGGCAAUGGCAGCACGCCAGCCCAUGUAGCUGCCUCAGGCUCCGGCGAAGACAAGGGCAAGGAAAUCAACUUUACUUUUCCCAUUGAUGAUCGCGUCUGUACCAUCGACGAACUGAUGCUGCCACCGGCGCCUCCACCACCAGCCGCGUAUCAGCACCACCCGAGCAUGGGCAGUCUGAUGUACAGUGUGUCCCAUUCACCGGGCAGCGGACCCGCUGGAACAGCCACCACCAUGGCCGCUGUGGCAGCUGCAGCAACUGUCAUUCCACCGGGUGCACCCUCCCCAAUGCCAACAUCCAUGCCCACUCCAGCCGAGGCUGUGGUUGUGGUACUGCCUCCGCCGCCGCCGCCUCCACAGCUCCAACACCACCAUCAGCUGGAAGGGAGCCUGGCCAGCCUACGUGAGGUGCAGCAGCAGCUGGUCCAUUUAAGCAGCACUCUGGAGCCGCUGGUCAGCGUUAACUGACCCAGGGGCUUAGCCACGGCCGCCUCCGUCUCGACCGCAGCAUCGGGGGCAUCAGUAGCAUCCGCGGGCAAGUUUGCCAAGCAAA